GAAAUUCACGGACGCGACAGCAGAGUUAGCGUAAGCGGAAUAAAAACAACUGGAACUCAUGAUUAAGAUGCAGUCAGAUGAACAUACCGAGGACUAAAAACCAGCCAAAUUCAAACAAAUGUGCCGGGCGCUGACGUGAACUGGACUAUGAAUUACUACACCUCUGUCUGUGUGAUUUUGUUGGGUUUGUACUCUUGUGGAUGUUUUCAAAGUGUUACUGCCUGUAAAAGUGAACCAGAGACUCCAGACUGGAGAUUGACUCUAAAAACGAUCCGUAACGGAAUACACAAGAUAGACACGUACUUGAACGCUGCUCUGGACCUGUUUGGUGGAGAUGACGGUCUGUGUCAUUACAAAUGCAGUGAUGGCUACAAGCCGGUGCCUCGUCCUGGAUACAAAGCACCACCACCCAAUGGAUGUGGAUCCCCUUUGUUUGGAUUUCAGUUCGACAUAGGUAUCCCAUCCAUGACCAAAUGUUGUAAUCGGCACGACCGCUGCUAUGACACCUGCGGACAAGAGAAAUACGACUGUGAUGCACAGUUCCAGGAUUGUCUUGAGACCAUCUGCAGGAAUGUGCAAAGGACUCUGGGAUUGGCCCAGAGUGUCCAAGCUUGCGAGUCUGCAGUGACUCUGCUGUUUGACGCUGUUAUGCACUUGGGAUGUAAGCCGUACCUGGACAGCCAGAGGGACUCAUGUGUGUGUCAGUAUGAAAUGAAGAGGGAUCUGUGACACAGCCACAAAAAAAAGAUCUGGAUCUACUGGUAAAGAAUAACAACACUGAAUAAUACAGUGCCAGCAAUACACCUCUCCCUCAGGUUUUCUCAGGGAUUAAGUGUCUUUGGCCUGGGCUGACUCUGCCCCUCUGCUUCCAUCUAUUUGAGUCUGAAACUGCAAACAUUUGUUUUGAGUUUUGAGAGGAGUGAAUCAAUAUUUCUGUAAUGAAGUUUAUAAUUUGUAGAUGUUUUGACUGUGCAAUAGUGUUGCACUGAAGACAAGGUGUGCAACUUUUUCCUCAUGUUUGGACUCUCAGGCUGCCAUAUACUACUUUUUAUGGGGUUUUAUUUCUCAGAGAAUCACUUUGAAAAUGUUGGGUUAUAUAUUGUUGCUUGUUGAAGUGGAACACUUCACUUGAUUAAUUUAAAUUAAAUGGUUUAGAAGCUAAAGUGAGAGUUUUUGUUCUUUCUAAGGAUUUAGUAUACUGCAGGUUAGUUGAACUUCCACAAUGUGAAUGUUCUUUACUGACAAGCACACAGUUGAACAAACAGUUAAGUAAAAAACAAAAAUAUGCACUAUAUUUAAUACCACAUAAUACAUGCACACAUACAUAUAUAUUUUUAAUAUAGUCAAAAAUGUUUGUAUCCAUAGCAUCUAAUAAAGCUGCAGUUCUCAACAAUAUGUGCAAGAUAGUUCACAGAAGUGAAGGCCCUGGUGGAGUGAAAUUAAACAAUGUACUACUGUGAAAACUUGUGGUAAACUGAUGCAGAAUAAAGAAAUACACUCUUA